CCGCCGGAAAAACGCGGCAGCAGUGUUCAGGAAUCCCGAAGAGCGAAAAGCUGAAACGCGAACGCAACCAAUUCACACGUAGGCGCACCAACCCGACCGCGAUCUGUACUAGUAGCCCGACGCCAUCCGGGCUGUUAUGAUCCCCAAGAGAGCCCCGCGAUCAAAUUCAAAUCAGCAACUCUGCGACACAAGUUCCAUGCGACCUUGGGUCCUAAUCCGCAUUACGAUUUUCGUUUUUUUUCCCAUCAACUACACGCCCUUUUUUCCUUUGGUACGUGAGGGCCCUGCUUGUUUACGAAAGGCGUAUAGAAAGCUUCAACUAUUGCGGCGCAAUCGCGGUCCUAUAGUUUGAGAAAACUUCUUUUGCGGUUCCCAGACAUUUUCAGCCGCAUACGUAGCUAAAAGCGCUAGCCUCUAGGCACAGACUCCAGAUACUUUUCUAACACUGAAUGGCGACUCUCUCGGCGGACGACUGCACGUCGGGGCUUCUUCCCGCGGGAUCCGCGCUGGUAUCGAAAACGGGGCGAACUCUUUACGCAACGCAGGACAGCGAGGUCAAGUCUGCUGCUGCAUCUCGAGCACCCUCGCAACUAAAAUAGUUUUGAAUUCCUCAUAAGUAUUUCGUUGAAGUGCUCAGCUCUAUUCUCAAUUAACCUGUAUACACAUACAAAUGCGGGAGCAGACAAACCGAAUCCAGAAGGCGUAUACUCUCUCGCUUCGGAUCUCGAACAAAGAGAAGCAGUAUGUAGCCACAUAUCCACCCUGCAGCUGGUCUGCAGCCCAGGCGCUUUUUUUCGCUGUUUGCCAUCGACUUGGGGGAGCUGGUUUUUCAAUCGUUUCAACUUUGUUUGACCGGGUUACGUGGCGUUCGUUGGAUCGGUAAUCAGUUGUCGUGUAAUAUACCUCUGUGGCUUUAAAGAGCCAGUCACGUCGUCCAGUGCGAGGGUUUUGUCGAGUAUGGGACGGGGAUCAUCGAUGGCUUUGCAGGCUUUUCUGAGCGAACAUCGGCAAAUAAAAAGAUAGCUGCUUCGCUCCGCAAACAUUCUCGAGGACAAACGUAGGGCAUUUGUCGUAUUCGUCUUUUUGUGUUGCCACGUUGACAAGGCCUGCUAGCUCAGAAACAGCAACGCUCCUUGACACAACCACAAUCCUAAAAAGGGUUUUUUUUUCUCGUCGACUGACUGUAGAUAAGUAUCCAGGUAGGUUACGACUGAAAAGAAAAUCCACACAUCGUGUCGAAUCUUGGUGCCAGAUUGCAGGCCCCGGGAAGUACGUAUUUUGUUCAAAGUUGUCUACUUGCAGUGUCGGCGUUACGUAAUGCAAUAGACGACUGUCAGCCACUCUUUGAUAUUAAUGCUGCGCUACCUAAUGGCAAUGCUAAUGCUCCCUUCAGGUUCCAGCCGAGAUGAAAUACCUAGUGUCAGCCGGCCAGGCGCCAAUGUUUUCGAAGGGAGCCGCCGGGUCAUGGUGGUUCCCAAAACCCGAGAUCCGUGCAAGUGAUGCGAAUAACCCUAACCAAACCUCCUCGCACACGAUGAAAGCGCUGGAAGCACGGGUGAUGGGCCUCGAGGACAAGGUCCAAAAAAUCGAUGUAACUGCGGCGGAAGCGAAAAAAGAGGCCAUGUUUGCCCGCGAGGAUGCUACCGCGGCGCGCUCGGAGGCCCGGGCAGCCCGGCAAGACGCAUGGACGGCAAAAUUGGAUGCAAAAAUCACCACGGUAAGGCAAUUUAAGUGGGCUUGCUUGCUCUCGAUGUGCAUAAAAAUGAUGCUGCGACUUUCACGGUGUUUAAGGAAUGCAUAAGGUGCCGCGCAGGAUAACGCGCCGCGGAUACCCGCAUUCCUUUCUUUCAACAAGGGAAAGGAUAGCAUGCGCGAAUGACUUCCCAGUCACUUGCUUUUUUACUGUCACUGGAGCCAGCCGCUAGGGUUGCUGACAAAAUGGUCACUCUAUCAGCAAAAACACUCAUCCAGGCGCACUCAUUGAUCAAGGACUUCCACUGCAACGUCCUACAAGGGGAAGAAAGCGGCAUCCGGCUAUCCAGCGGGAGGCUCUACUCGAGCUUGGAGCACUUGCCAAAAUUUUCGGACCUGCAGGUCCGCUGGCAUCUGGUGAUUAACAGCGGGGAUUUGGGGUUGAUGAAGAAGGAGGCUGUUGCGAUUUUCGAGAAGGGGACUCUGUUGCAGCAUGAGGCGGAGCAAAUGAUCAAGGCCACGGCAAAUCGCGCGCGAGAUUUCCCGCCUGCCUACGUCGUCAUGGCUUCCAAUCUCCACGAGCUGGCGAAAAUGCUCCAGAGCCUCGCGGUGGCGACCCAAAUGCUGAUCCAGGGACCCUUGGGCGACAAGGACCCAGACUCAGCGACCGCCUCCACCGUUUCCUCCGCCCGAGGGUGAAGCGCUAGCAAGAGUGUAGAAGUAGAAACUACUAUACACACUCUAGACAAGGUUUCUAUCUAGAGUUAUCAAGUCAAUGUUUAUGCUUAAGCAUUUGCAACGAAUGUGUGCGCUAUGCUGUCGCCAAGAAAUGUUUAUACACUGUUGAAGCUGGAGGCACUGCUGCGUAAAAUGUAUUAUGAUGGAUCAACUGUGUGCGUUAUGCUGUCGCCAAGAAAUGUUUAUACACUGUUGAAGCUGGAAGCACUAAUAUUGUGCUGCGUAAAAUGUAUUAUGAUGGAUCUAUCUUGGAUGGAUUUGGCUUCUCGAGGGGCACUAAGAAGUGUGUCUUGUUGUAGAUGGGAGAACAAGAGUGCACGAAGGACGCGUAGUAGAUGUAGUCGUCCUGCCGGUCCUGGAGAAGAAGCAAGUCGCAACCUAGUUGAACUGUUUGAGAUAGAUUUGAGUCCCUGUGCGCCUCUGUCUCCUAGUGUAUACCUGUUUCAAAGAUUUUCU